AUGCAUAUUACGACAUUGAAUCCGUUUGCUGACGAUAUCCCAUUGCAAAGAGACGGAAAGACCAAGGAAGAGCUGAUUUUUUAUCAGCUACCAAAGGGUGCUAAACCAAUGUGGCUGCUAAUAUUUAGCACUGCAUUUGUGGUAAACGCUCAGAUAAACAAAAAGGACCUUCCAGUACAAUUCUGUGAAGCUUUCGUGCAAUGCUCGGCAGUGGCACUACUAGAGGAACGAUUAUGCUUAGGAAAUUCGGUGCUGCGGCCUUACUGGUUACCAAGUCCUCAUGACAGAAACAAUUGUCACGAAAAAUUACGCAAUGACUACACGAAGCUAGACAAGAUGGAAGAACAGCUAGAAAGAUUAUUACUCGACUGUCUGCUAAAGCAUACAGUUCCAUUUACACCUGUACAGAGUAGUCAAUGUCAUUCAAGAGCAAUACGAUCAGCGCCGAGAUUUUCAUACGAACGCAGUAUCAACUAUGUUCCCACCCAGUGCUUUACGGGAGUCGAAAGAAGAAGGAACCGAGAGUGUGGACUAGUACGAAGUUGUUGUCCUGCAAUAUCGAGAUGCUCUACAAUCCCAACGCAAUCCCAGCUAGCCAAAUCCAUAGAUGAGACACGAAUAAAUUUGAGGAAAAGAGCCAAAGAUUGCGAGCAAGGCCUACGAAUUGAAAAGAUCGACCCUUCUAUCGGGAUCUUUGCUAGAAGCAGUGAAAACUCGGAUGAACCAAGUGGCCAUAUCAUUGUGAAUUUCGAUACGUUAGACUCAAAGAAAAAGGCCGAUAACGAGAACAAAAGUGGAAAAGUGAAGGUAAACUUUACGAAUGGAGGAAGGCAUGGCACAUUCUCCCAAGGGGAAGCCAGUGUAGUAGAGGCAAAGACUAAGAUAAUAGUAAAUGAAGCAGAUGAAGUAGUUGGUCGAGUAAGCGCUCCAGUACGAGACGAAAAUAAUGCUGAGAAGGUGAACUUCCCACAAAAUUCCAACCGUGCAAGCGAGUUGAGGGAAAACGAUGGAUCACUGACGAUUUCGGGAAAACCUCAAUUGUUGUUCCCUUCUGACAACGACGACAAGAUGGCAUUCGCCACUCGAGCAGGAGUAGUGGUAGUGAACUUUCACGAAAAGGAACCUAGUCACCCAGUUCAGUGGCCUCGAAGUAACAAAUCACAUGAUGAGUUGUUUGAACAUGCAAUGAAAAAUACGAUCGAAUACAAGGCUAAGAUACGGGAAGAAGAUCUAGGAAAAGUAGCACGCACUGGACUGGAAAGUCUAGUGAAUGCGGGACAGGCUUUUGCGGGAGGGCUUUUUUCUAGCGGAAAAGGUGCUGAUACAGCUAAACGCCCGAUGAAAGCGUCUGGAAGAAUGCACAGAAUAGAGAUGACGGAUGAUCAAAGCGAUGAAGAUGUGCACGGCGAGUUCGUCACCUCACCUCCAGUAAUUUUUGUCAAAAAGGAAGACUCGGUAAAAAACAAAGCGGAGAACUGCAGUAUACCGUCCAUGAAGGGCCAGACAAAGAAGCUCCAAGUAAUUUUGUCACUUUUGGGUGAGAAGACGGACUCAGAUGACAUGAAGGAGAUAAAGCAACUCAUCAGUGAGUGGCAGGAAAGUUUCCGAAGGAGCUCUAGAGAAAGAGACGUGAGAAAGAAAGAGAUAGCUAGGGCAUUGGAAGAGCUUAUCAAAAGGUUCGAUCGAGUGAAUUUGGAAGUGGUCAAAAAGGCAGUCCUCCUUGAUCUCGACCACCUGGAUGAAGAUGACGAACCUACAAAAAUUCCUUGCGAGAACAUACUUGUGAGAUUGAAUGACGAACUGCCAGAAGACAAAUCCAAACACAACGAAAAGGUUCAGCACGGGGUUCCAACAGAGGUUCGCGAUCAUGUCAUUAUCGAAGAUGGAGUCGAGAAGUUGAUUCUUAAUGACGGUGACAGCGCGGCAGAUUCAAAUGUAGAUCCAGCGAAUUCGAAGGUAGUUGUGGAUGAAAAGCCUUCAGCUAUCGAUGAGAAGAGCGGAAGUCAUGAAUGGUCAAAUGAAGAGUACAAGCGAGAGUUGAACAAGUAUAAGAAGGAGCACCACAUCAAUUCUACGAAUGAACCAAGGAACGAAACAUCCUGCGAUUUGUACAUGCGUUGUCGGAAUCAAAUGCACCUGGCUGUAGAUAGUUGCGCUUGGCGAUUUGCCAGCGGCAAAGUACUUCCAACAUUGGCUGAAAGUGCUGAAAGUCUCCUUUACAAGGGAGAAGAGUUGUGUGACCCAGCUCAGCAACCACUGUAUGAGGAGCUCUACGAAAUGGUGAUCAAGCGAAAUGCUGGUUUACGCAGUUGCUUGGACAAGAAGAAUGCGGCAUUUUUCGAAUCCUCAAUAUGCGUACCAUAUUCGACAGCUGAUCACAUUCGUUUCAACUCAGCAUUCCUGCGAUUACUAGGAGAUGAUUAUAAACACUCAUCACAGUGUUUCCGUGAUGCAAAUCUAAUUCAAGAAAAAUGUACGAAACUUAGAGAAUGCUGUCCGAAUUUCGACGACUGUCGACAGAGCACUAUGGAUAUCCGCUUGGAACAAGCCAUUAUUAGCAAAACGGCACAGCUCAAUGAGGACAAACAGAAGUGUCUCAAACGGAGAGCGCGGGAAGCAUUCAAAAUGACUUUGAGGGGACUACUGGGCAAAGGCGGUUGGCAAAUGCUACAGAAACUGAAACGGGGUGAACUUGAUAUGGACAUUGAUCGAGGAGCUCAGGCAAUUGCUAGGCUAUGA